CGGGGAUAUAGCCACAGCUUUCUUUUUUAUUUUAAUUUGUAAUUUUAUUGUAAUUCAAAAAUAUUCAUGAAGACUUGAAACUUUUACAUACAAGAUACCUAAUAUUUUUGUAAUUAACUAUAUGCAAUGAUAUUUUGUAUUUUAGCUUUUGAUUUUUGAGGCCCCUUUAUAGCCGGAGGAAAGUGUACAUUGGGCACCUAAUAGUUUUAGCACUUGAAAACAACAAUAAUACAAUUGUUAGGGCACGUCUUGAACUAUGUUAAACGGUUUGGGCUGUUCUAACUUUUAAUUAUAGAAUUUUUAGAUGUUUCAUAAAAUGUAUACAAAAUAAAUUUUUAUACUAAGAUUUUGUUGGAUACACUACUUUAGGAUUAUAAUAAAAAAAUUGUUAUUACAAUUCUCGUACUACAAAAAAUUCAAAAAUGCAACGCGAAGACAAACAAUUGGAACUGGUGCUUGAAAAUUUCCAGAGCAAGUUGAAUGAGUUUAAAGCUCAGAUAUAUGCUCUUAUAUUCAAGUUAGAACAUGAACGAGACAAUGUCAACUGGACGACGGUGCUUGAUACUUUUGCAGUGUUCUCAACACAGUACACUGCCAUCAUGAAAUAUCUCUCUUACGAGAAACUUCCGCAGUUGCGUAACUACAGUGUGUUACCACUGAUGUUAAACCCUGAGCGCGAUGAAGAUCUUGCACGCAUCACUGAGAAUCGAGUGCCAGCCCUGUCCCACGAUAUUGUACCAGAUUUCUUACGUACCAAAACCGAACCUGAAGUUGAACACAAACUCAUGCAGGUUGAGCACAAAGCAGGUGGCUUACAAUUUGAAACAGCACAAAAACAGUUGGCAGCAUUCAACAAGGUAGUUAAUCAUGUACUGGACCUUGUUUCUAAAGCUAGAGAAGAAUGGGAAGUGGAAACUGGAGCUCGUGUUGGUAUUGGCCAAACGUCAUCAGUUGCAGACCUGCAUACACUUGUGUCCGCUGUAAGCAUGGGUAAAAAUUUAAAACCGAUGGUACCACAAGUAUCUCCUGGUGGUAUGAUGGUGCCUCCGACUGGUAGACCAGUUACUCCUAGCAUGGGACCAAAUACACCACCAAUGGGAAUGAUGCCCAAACCACCUCCUGGAAUGAAGACCAAUGUAAAGGCAGCUGGAGCACCUCAUCCAUAUAGAUGAACAGUUCUGCAAUGUUAUUCUUCUUAAUGUUGUAUAAAAUAUUUUUUCAUACCUAUGUUAAUAACUGAAACAUUUUAACAUAAAUUAAUACAACAUUGAA